UUCCGGUCUCCUGCACCGAGGAGCGAUGCAGAUCGGAGACCGCGCUGAACCAAGUAACUGAUUGAAACGCGCUCGACUACCCGGCCACAUUUCCAGCGGGAAUAAUAUGAGAAGGGAGACUGCAAAGUGCACGGAGAUUCGGGAGUCGCGGCCGCCAUGCGCGUAUUCAAAGCCGUGAGUGUGCAGUCCCUCCUGUCAGUGUUUUGGAUCUUCCAGACCAGGGCCCUGAGCGCAGGGGCUGAACACAUUAUAGAGGAUGCAGUGGGAGAUCUACUCUUUGUGAUGGACAGCUCUGGCAGUAUCUUACCCUACGAAUACACAGGACUGAAAGAGUUUGUUGCUGAUUUGCUGAAGCCUUUCACCAUAGGCCCAGAGGAUGUCCAGAUCAGCUUUGUGCAAGUGAGUGAUGACCCAGUGGUGGAGUUUCCAUUUGGCAAGUACACGUCCAUCACUGCCACGCAAUGGGCUAUUCUGAACAUGAAGCAGAAGCUGGGAGAUACCAACACUGGCAAGGCAUUAGCUCAUGCCCAGGACACCAUGUUCACGCAGAAGGGAGGAGCCAGACCAGAUGUUCCAAAGGUGCUCGUGUGGCUGACAGAUGGCGCGUCAUCAGAUGACAUAUCUCAGCCCAUCAAGUUCCUGAAGGAUCAGGGGGUGACAGUGUUCAUCGUCAGUAUAGGCAGGGGCAAUUACAUUGAGUUGAAAGCUGCCGCUAGUGAACCAACAGAGAGACGCUUAUACUACGUAGAUCCUGAGGAUAUGCACAUUAUUAUGGAGGAGCUGCGUAACGAAAUUCUAGACAUUAUCCAGGUUAAGAAGCUAAGAGCAAUGGACAUCACAGCAACCAGCUUCCGCUUGUCGUGGCCCAGGUUGCUUAGUGACAGCGCAGACUAUUAUUUGAUUGAAUACAGUCCACUCAUGGAUCCCCAGAAGUCAUGGAAGACUGUAACUAGAGAAGAAACAAGUGUUGUUUUGAGACAGCUGCUCCCAAAGACCACCUAUGAAGUGAAACUUACUCCUAUAAAUGACAACUAUAAUAAGUUCCUUGAGACAGUGGUAACUACGCUGGAAGAGACUCCAGAGGAGCUGAGUCCACAGGUUGUUGUAAUUUCAGACUCACAGCCAAGAAGUUUUCAAGUCAGUUGGGCCCCAACUCCGCACAGCGUUGCCUCGUACGAGGUUCUGUAUGGGGUCCUGCCAGGGGGCAGAACCAAUUUACUCAGCAUCAGUGGUGACCAGAACAUCACCAUUGUGAACAACUUGGAACCCAACACCACCUACUUGGUGACCGUGUCAGCGAUCUACCAAUCCGGCAGAACCGAAGCGUUAUCAGUGAAAGCUUGCACUCAAGACGUGAGUUCUGAAGGCAGCAAACUGAAACUUAUUAAUAUCAGCUCCACCGGUGUGGCCGCUCUGUGGGACCCUGCUCAGGGCAAAGUGCUGCACUACAGGGUACGGUGUAUCCGCCAUCGCAGAAGCCCAUCCGUACGGACUGUCCCACCACAAGCUCGGGGAGUGCUAUUAACAGAUCUCAUUCCGGGGACAGAGAACCGGAUCUGUGUGAGGGCGGUGUACAGAAAUGGUGUGGGGAGAGCCUCGUGCGGGACGAUACGCACGCCUCAGCAACAAGAUAUUUUAUCGCCUGAGAAACAGUCUACCAAAUCAUUCUGUACCCAGAAGCACCAGUGCUGGCAGAAGAGAUAAACGUUUCCCAAGGAUAAUGGAAAGCUGAGAAACAACAGGAGGAUUUACGACAAAAAACAAGAACAUCAACUAUAAGCCAACAUUUCUAAAAGAUCUCAAUGCAGUUUGCUUGUAGAGUUCAUUGACAAACAGUUGACAUGGUGUAAAUUCCUGAACUGUGAUUCCAGGCUCUUGACAAAGCAGAAUCCUCAUUAAGUGUGAAGAGUACUUAAUGUAGAGAGUUUGUGAGAAUUCCUUUCCCGGAGAUGCCUUAAUAGCUCUCUGCUUUUUUUUCCCACAUUCCUUUUGAACAGAGCCAAGAUCCAUGCAGUUGAGAUAAUGCCAAGAUGCUAUGCUCUUCCUUCAAAUUGACGAGCCAAUAUCUGGCUCAAAAAACAGCUUCUGUGUUUCAUUUUUGACAACAGAGUUAUAAUGAGAUUAUUUCGAGUGCAAAUGCUAACACUGAAAAAAUAGCUCUAUCUUUGAAAGGCUGCUUUCUGAGAAGAUACCCAAGAGGCAUUUUAUGCCCAUGGAAAUUCAAUAUACCUUUUCUUAUAACUUCCUUUAUUUUAGAAUUUUUUUAAUGAAAAAAGACAUCUCAUGAAAUACUAAGUGUUAUUGAACAGGCAUAAUCCCCAGCUGGAUGAGUGUGGGGAGCUGCAGGUGAUAUCAUGACCCUCAAGAAGAUGGAAUAUCUAUCUGGGAUCCUCUUGGUUGCUGUCCCAGUGACAGUCAAUUAGUGUGGCUGUACAUCUAUGUGUACAUUAGUAUCAAAGAGAUGACAAAACCUUCUGAAACAAAAAUAAUAAUUAAAUAUUGUAGCCUAUCAAUAUGAGUCUAAAUACUCUGAAAGAAAAAGCUAAUUUUGUUAGAUUUGUCCAUAGUUUAUGAGCUAGGAAAUGCUAGCAUGUGGUGCUUCUCGUCACUAGUUUAUUUAACGAAAGCCCAAUUCUCAUUGAACACCAUGUAAAUGUAACAGUUUAAAUGUUUGGCUUCUAUGUACAAAUAAAUGCGAGUAGCUCACACGUUAAAUUAAAUGUGAAUGUAAAUGAAACACGAAGGAAUUGAUUCCACGGUCAGUUAGGCGGCAGUUGGUGUGUAUUUUGAAAACUAUGUUUUCUUUUUUUUUAAAUGACCUUAAGUUUCUCAAUAGUCUAGAUGAAUCAAGGACGAUAAGGAAUGGGAUGUUGAUGUAGGUGCUGUUGUUACUUUCCUGAACAGCAUUAGUUAUAGGGACAAGCAAGAAGAGUAAAUCUCAUGCAUUGUGAAUAUUAAAACCAUAAGAUAUAGGAGCAGGAUUAGGCCACCUGGCCCAUCGAGUCUGCUCUGCCAUUCAAUCAUGGCUCCUUCUCAACCCCAGUUCCCGGCCUUCUUCCCGUAACCUUUGAUGACAUGUCCAAUCAAGAACCUAUCAAGCUCUGCCUUUAGUACACCCAACAACCUGGCCUCCACAGCUGCCUGUGGCAACAAAUUCCACAAAUUCACCACCCUUUGACUAAAUAAACUUCUUCACAUCUCUAUUUUGAAAGGGUGCCCCUCUAUCCUGAGGCUGUGCCCUGUUGUCCUAGACUCUCCUACCAUGGGAAACCCUUUCCACAUCUACUCUGUCUAGGCCUUUCAACAUUCAAAAGGUUUCAAUGAGAUUCCCCCCUCAUCCUUCUGAAUUCCAGCAAGUACAGACCCAGAGCCAUCAAACGUUCCUCAUAUGAUAAUCCUUUCAUGCCUGGAAUCAUCCUUGUGAACCUCCUUUGGACCCUUGCCAAAGCCAGCACAUCUUCUCUAAGAUGAGGGGCCCAAAACUGUUCACAAUACUCAAGGUGAAGCCUCACCAGUGCCUUAUAAAACCUCAGCAUCACAUCCCUGCUCUUAUAUUCUAGACGUCUUGAAAUGAAUGCUAACAUGGCAUUUGCCUUCCUCACCACCUGCAAGUUAACCUUCAGGGUGUUCUGCACAAGGACUCCCAAGUCCCUCUGCAUCUCAGAUUUUCGGGUUUUCUCAAUAUAUUUGAUCUUCAGAACACUUCACACAGGACAUAACCAUUUGGCAAAAACUGUUUUAACAUUCCAUUUCUCUAAAGAAUAUCUUAUCAAUACUUAACCAUUCAUAUAUAUCCUUCCUUCCUCUAUAAUCAGGAGUAAUUUAUAAACUAGGAGUUUACUCAUUAAAUAAUAUUGGCCCAUUAUUUGCAUAAUACAUUUUAACCAAAUGGAUCCCUUUCAAAAUCAGUUUUUGUUAUAGGUCUAUAAUAGGUUGUUAUGGCUGGGGGUGGUAAUGGGGACAAGCUCCCACUACUUAUCAAAUGCUCCCAAUGCAUGUGCCUCAAAUAGCCUCUGACAACCAACUCCAGCUGCUGGCCUUCACAUGUGGUUUGGGUACGAAGCCUGGCAGAACCAUUUUUAUUGACAGGAGAAGGGGCAAACGUGGGUUACUGAUGCCUUAACACGAGUCGCUUCAGACAGACGGGGCUCAUCAGCCGUGGUUGGCAGCUCAUCUAGGAGAAUGGGAAUCCUGAUCUCAAACCUCUGCUGCCUUGCGGCUAUAUCCACUCACCGGGCUGGCUUUCAGAGUAAACCCCAAAGGAAAAAUCCGGAGCUGGAGUCCCUCCGGCAGUCUUACGUUGAGUUCAAUGCUGACUGGCAAUUCCUGUGACGCUGCUGGUGCCAAACUGUAUCGGUCUCUGCUGUUCCCUUGGAGAGGGAGAGCAUGCUCUCCGUAUCAUACUGCUCAUGACGUAGACAGCUGGGGCAUCACAUCCACGGUUGACCCUGACCAAUGGAGGGACUCUCUUAUACAAUAGCCGAAUCAAAGCUAAGCCACAAUCUUUGGAAAACUGAUACAAGCAAAAUAAAUAUUCCUGUUAAAUUGCCCAGCAUUAUGCUGUUUGCUGUGAAAUGCUUAUAAUUCUGAUUUGACCAAAAGUUUUGUGAUUUUUUUUGUGGAUUGCUGUUCUGCGUGCAUGGUAGAUUGCAAUCAGCUGUUAUGCAUCACUUGCAGUACAUUUAUGGUCUUCUAAAUUCACCUUUAACGUGUUAGUACAUGGUAGCCAAAAUACCGAUUACGCGAAUCAUUAAGAAAAUCAUUUGAGUAGAAAGAACAAUACCUUCCAUUUUUAUGUACAAGAAUGCUGAAUAUGUUGUAUCAUUAAGUGUGGUUUACUGCUUCACUUUAAUGCCUAAGUAUGAAUCUACUUUAAACUAUCUCGAAGGUUUCAGUGAAUCCAAUAGAAUACUUCAGCUUGUUUUGAACUGAAAUAAUUAUUUGUGUGAUAUCGGCAGCCAAUAAUGGGAUGUGUUAGGCCCUGAGCUGAAUGACUUCCUUUCAUGAUUCUACCUGCAGAAAAACAUGUGGCUUUGAAGUUGUUGAGUUAAAGUUCGCCCUGCACAGCAGCUACUGCCUCCGUUCAUAUCUUCAAAACCCCAUAUUAAAUAUUCAGCAAUUAAUGAUAAAGGUUUUGGCUAUUAAUUCAAGCUGCUAUUGUGUUGAAAUAUCAUGCACGGCCAUCCAUCACUGGUCAUCAUGAAGUUCACUGCAUACAAAAUUAUUAUUUAGAUGCUGUACAUAAUAUAUUGACAGAUGAAAUGCUGGAGCAAAAUUUUAUCA